UCAGUUUGACGACGGAUAUGUGGAAGUCAGGCAAUCAAAAAAUUGAGUAUAUGGUAAUCACUGGCCACUUUGUAGAUUCUGAAUGGAAACUUCAAAAACGUGUCUUGAGCUUUAUUCAUCUGCCUCCUCCUCUUCGUGGAAUUGAUAUUGCAGAUGGUAUUUAUAAGUGUCUAAAAGAGUGGGGAAUCGAGAGUAAAGUCUACACAAUAACAGUUGACAAUGCUGCGAAAAAUGACGUGUGUUUAAGAAAUCUGAAGGAUACUUUUUCCAGAAAUAAAAAGUUACUUUGUGGCGGCAAAUUGUUUCAUGUUCGAUGUACAGCACAUAUCUUGAAUCUUAUGGUACAAGAUGGCCUUUCCAAAAUCAAGCAUGUCAUUCGAGACAUUCGUGAUAGCGUCAACUUUCUGAAUAUAUCAGAAGCUCGACUUAAUUUAUUUGCUGAAAUCGUUCAACAGUUGCAAGUGCCUCAUAGGAUGCUUAUUCUCGAUUGUAAAACCAGGUGGAAUUCAACAUUUAUGAUGUUGUCAACUGCAAUCAAAUUCAAAGAUGUGUUUCCAAGAUAUCAAGAACGUGAGCCUAGUUACUAUUGCUGUCCAAGUGCUGAAGAUUGGUUAAAAGUGGAGAGGGUCUGUGAGCUUUUGGAGGUGUUUAAUUCUGCCACUAACAUCAUUUCAGGAAGUGAGUAUCCGACAUCAAACUUAUUUCUAAAUGAAGUUUAUCGUGUGAAGGUCGUGUUGGAUAAAAAGCAUUCAGAAAUCACAGAUGAAGAGGAUUUCAUGUAUAGUAUGAUUGAAGCUAUGAAACAGAAAUUUGAUAAGUAUUGGGGUGAAGUUAAUUUGCUAAUGGCUAUUGGGGCUAUUUUGGAUCCUCGAUGCAAGAUGAGAGUCAUUGAAUUUUGCUUCCCUAAAAUGUAUCCCGGAAGUGCAGCAAAAGAUAAUAUUUCUAAAGUUCGAGAGGCUUUAUAUGAGUUAUAUGAUGAAUAUGUGGCUGAAUUUCAAGCUAACAGUGGUGAACAAACAGGUGAAGCAUAUGAUGGUUUCCGAAAAGAAGCUAAUACUAUUCAAAUUUCAUCCUCUGGCUGGUCGGAAUUUAAUGAUUUUGUGAAAACGAUUGAAACGGUACAACCGUUGAAAUCUGAUCUAGAUAAUUAUUUAGAAGAAGGGUGUUUUAUUUGUGAAGAUUCAAAAUCUUUUGAUGCUUUAGAAUGGUGGAAAGUAAAUACUUUGAAAUAUCGCAUUUUGUCUAUUAUGGCUCGUGAUAUUCUUGCCAUUCCUAUCACGACGGUAGCCUCUGAAGCUACUUUUAGUGCUGGUGGAAGAGUCAUUGAUACAUAUCGUGCUUCAUUAUCCCCUGAAACAGUCCAAGUACUUCUUUGUGGAGAAGAUUGGUGUCGCAGUCUUCAUGGGAUUAAAAGAAAGAACAAGGAGAAGAAACCAACUGAAAUUUUGCUGCCUAAUAUUGGAUGAGAGCUAAAUAGUUAUGAUUUUGUCAUUCUGAACUCUCAAGGUUAG